AUGCCGGUAGACACUAAACGUAUCCGUGGACCGGAGGUGUCACAGUCUCCUUUGUUAUUUCUUCCUCCGGUUUCCCAGAUUACUGAAGUCAGCAGCAGCAGACAGGGCUCGCGAGGAAACGGUGAUGUUCGCCCGUUAUUCGCGCGCUGUGGUCUCGUGAGCCAGGCCAAGGGCUCUGCGUACCUCGAGGCCGGCAACACGAAGGUCAUCUGCUCGGUGUACGGUCCGCGCGAGACGGAGCGCAAGGACGAGACUGACAUGAAAAGCGGCCGCCUCGUGUGCGACUUCCGCCUGGCGCCGUUCUCGUGCCCGAAGCGCGGCGCGUGGAUCCAGAGCGCCGAGGAGCGCGACCUGUCCACGGGGCUGGCGGAGAGCAUGCAGCCCGGCGUGUGCCUGCACCGGUACCCCCGCGCCCAGAUAGACGUGAACGUCGUGGUGCUGGAGAACGACGGCUCCGUGCUGGCGCACGCGGUGACGUGCGCGUCCAUGGCGCUCGCGGACGCCGGGAUCGAGAUGUACGACACGGUGCUGGGCUGCGCGCUGAGGCAGGACGGAGACCGGUGCCUCGUGGACCCCGACCUGGCGGAGGAGCAGGGCAGCGUGCGCGAGAGCUACGGCGAAAACCAGGGCCGCGUCGCGGUGGCGCUUCUCCCCAACCUUAACCAGAUUUCCGGUCUGCAGGCGGACGGCGAGAUGCGCGCGGACACAUUAACGGCGGCCGUGAGGAUGUGCGUGGAGGGCUGCCACAAGCUGUACCCGGUGGUGCAACAAGCUAUACUCCGGGCAGUGAAAAGGAAAGCACCGCCUCCACCGGAGAAAUAACUCUGACUCUGUGUUCCUGUUCUCUAACUACAUCCCUCACUUCUCUACAGUGACCAGUGUCCAGCUGUUCUCAAAUAUUAAAUCACCUUUAACACCUUUAUCAUCAGUGCAGCAAAUUAUUCUGUAAAAGAACGGUGUAUCUAUCUAUCUGUUUACUUUCCUAUCUAUCUGUCUAUCUGUUUACUUAUGUCUAUCUGUUUACUUAUAUCUAUCUAUCUAUCUAUCUAUCUAUCUAUCUAUCUAUCUAUCUAUCUAUCUAUCUGUUUACUUGUCUGUCUAUAUCAAAACAUAACUGCAGCUAUCAGGGGGCGUGUCUUUCACAACACAAAAUAUAGAAUCUUCUAAAUAUCGUUAGCUUUAUGCUAACCUGACAGGAAUUUUGAUAGAAUUUUUAAAUCACAUUUCUAAAUCAAGACUGUAUAUUAUUAUAAAGUUUUGACAAUUUUUUUUCAUUUUAAAAUCUAAAAUAUUAAAGUUGAACCUGAUAA